UGUUUACAAAUAAAUUUUCGGUUCAAAGAAAAUUGUCUUAUUUUAGUAGUCAUCUUUGUUUCCAAAAUGUCUGAUACCGCUUCUUAUAUCAAUCAUGUAGCUAACGUAACUAACAGCACUCUUGGUGUUGUAAAAGUGUUUUCAAAUUCUUCUGCCGUUGUUGCUGACGCUAUUGUACCAUUCGUUCCUUUAAUAACUGAAAUAUCAAGUAUAGUUAAUGAAAUAAUUACUCUUUAUCAAACUGCUGAGCAUAAUAAACGUAUCUGUGGUUCACUUCUUGCUCGUGCAACAGCUGCUCAAACUGCUGUAAAUAAUUUAGAAAUUCGUAGACUUGAAAAUGAAGAUUUAUUUAAAUCAAAAGAAUUUUAUAAAAAUUUUCAAAAACUUGUUAAUGUUAUUAGUAGAAUUAAAAUUUUUAUUGAAGAAGUCUCUCAACUUAAAG